AGACAAUGUCGGACUCCGUAGUUUUCUCUGGACCCCUCCCCAAUGUGACCAGUGAUGACAUGUAUAGCCGCAUGUCGUCAUUCCACCGCUGGCUGUCGAGGUGGUGUCCAGCAAACGAUGUGGGCUUCACUGAUAACUGGAAGCCUUUUUGGGGAAAACCUGGUCUGAUUAGGAGAGACGGCAUCCAUCCCACUUUGGAUGGAGCAGCUCUCUUAUCUAGAAAUAUGGCGAAGUUUAUUUCUAAAACCUGACAGUCCAGAUUUAGGACCAGGAAGCAGAGCUGCUGUCUUACACACUUCUCUGCUCUUUCUUUAGAACAGUCACCCACCCAAAACCCCAUAGAGACUGUGUCUGUCCCCCGACCACCUAAAUUAUUUAAAGAAAUAAAAACAGGAGUUCAACAUAAAAAUCUAAUAAAAAUUAAAACUAACUCCUCAGUAGCACAAAAUAAGAGAAUGAAAUGUGGGCUGUUAAAUAUCAGGUCUCUGUCCUCUAAAGCUGUUUUAGUGAAUGAAUUAAUAUCAGAUUAUGAUAUUGAUUUACUUUGUCUUACUGAGACCUGGUUGUCCCACGAGGAGUAUGUUAGCCUAAAUGAAUCCACCCCCCCAGUCAUAUUAAUACUCACAUUCCUCGAGGCACUGGCCGAGGAGGUGGAGUGGCAGCCAUAUAUGAUUCGAGCGUUUUAAUGGACCCUAAACCUAAACUAAAUUAUAAUUCAUUUGAAAGCCUUGUUCUUAGUCUUUCUCACCCAAACUGGAAAACACUGCAGCCAGUUCUAUUUGUUAUAGUGUACCGUGCUCCUGGACCGUACUCUGAUUUUAUAUCUGAAUUCUCAGAGUUUUUAUCAAGUUUAGUCCUUAAAUCAGAUAAAGUAAUUAUUGUAGGUGAUUUUAAUAUUCAUGUGGAUGUUGACAAUGACAGCCUUAGUAAUGCAUUUAUAUCAUUAAUAGACUCAAUUGGCUUCUGUCAGAGUGUAAAUAAACCAACUCAUUGUUUUAAUCACACUCUUGACCUUGUUUUAUCAUAUGGCAUUGAUAUUGAACAUUUAAUAGUCUUCCCACAUAAUCCUUUCCUAUCUGACCAUUAUUUAAUAACUUUUGAAUCUAUAUUAUUAGAUUAUAAGCCAUUAGGCAAAACUUCCUACAGCAGAUGUCUAUCUGACAGUGCUGUAGCUAAAUUUAAGGAGGAGAUUCCUUCAGUGUUUAAUUCAAUGCCAUGUCUGAAUUUAACAGAGUCCUAUAACGACUUUAGUCCCUCUGAAAUUGAUAAUCUUGUCGAUAGUGCUACAGGCUCACUACGAUCAACAUUAGACUCUAUCGCUCCUAUAAAAAGGAAAUUAUUAAAACAUAGGAGACUAGCACCUUGGUAUAACCACCAAACCCGCCAGUUAAAGCAAAUAGCUAGGAAAUCUGAAAGGAAAUGGCGCUCUUCCAAAUUAUCAGAAUAUCGCUCAAAUUGGCAAGAUAAUCUUAAAACCUAUAGAAAGGCCCUCCGUAAUGCCAGAGGAGCCUAUUACUCAGCACUAAUAGAAGAAAAUAAGAAUAACCCUAGGUUCAUCUUCAGCACUGUAGCCAGGCUGACAGAGUCACAGCUCUAUUGAGCCACAUAUCCCCAUAAACUUAAGUAGCAAUGACUUCAUGAGCUUCUUCUAUAAUAAAAUUAUUACUAUUAGAGAAAAAAUUAAUCACCAACUGCUAUCAACAGUUAUCAGUGGCUCUCCAAGUUCAGGGACUUCUGUCAAUGUAAACUUAGAUAUAUAUUAAGACUGUUUUUCCGCUAUCGAUCUUCAUCAGUUAACUUCAAUCAUUUCUUCAUCGAAGCCAUCAACCUGUCUAUUAGACCCGAUCCCAACUAGGCUGCCCAAAGAAGUUGUUCCCUUAAUUGGCACUUCUUUACUGGAUAUGAUUAAUCUUUCUUUAUUAUCAGGAUAUGUACCACAGUCCUUUAAAGUAGCUGUAAUUAAACCCCUUCUUAAAAAGUCCACUCUUGACCCAGGGGUUUUAGCCAACUAUAGACCGAUUUCUAACCUCCCCUUCCUCUCUAAGAUUCUGGAGAAAGUAGUCGCCAAAGAGUUGUGUGACUUUCUACAUAACAAUAGUUUAUUUGAGGACUUUCAGUCAGGAUUUAGAGUUCAUCAUAGCACAGAGACAGCUCUGGUUAAAGUUAAUAAUGACCUUCUGACUGCUUCUGACAAUGGACUUGUCUCUGUACUUGUAUUAUUAGAUCUUAGUGCUGCAUUUGACACCAUUGACCAUAAUAUUCUUUUGGAGAGACUUGAGCAUCAAAUUGGCAUUAAAGGAACUGCACUAAGCUGGUUGAA